AUGUCGUUGCCUCCUCUCACCGAAUGGGAUGCCUCCCUUUUCAGUGAUCUCCAAAAUCUCCUCCGUCGUGUAGUUCAUCAGCCGACGACAUCAACACUCCGGAAGCUACAUGCGAAGCUGCAAGACGCACAGCCAUGGAUUUUGAACUUGACGCAACUUCCUGGGCCAAGUGAUGCCGAUAAACAAUAUCUUGAUAAAAAUCCAAUCCAACUCCCUUCCGGAACCUCAAUUCAAGUUACCGGUGAACUCCUCAACAACGUCAAUCUCACGUCUGACGCUUUGUCCAUUUCCCAAGUCCUCUCAGCUGUGCUCGCUUUACAGGCAGAUGAACAACGCUUUCAAUACCCAUCUCGUUCAGCAACAGAGGUUGCAGCCUUCCUUCUGCAUCGAUGGGAGACCGAUAUGCUUGACUUCCUAAGGGAACUUUUCAGAACUGUGUUAUCAUCUGAAGCUGAAGUUGGUGGAGCUUUCGAUACUUUGAGAGAAUGGGUUCAGGAUCUAUUGGUCACAAGAGUUUCGUUAGGUCAAGGCAAAGGAGAAGGAGCAUUAGUGGAUCAGAUACUGGUACAAAUCGAUGCAAUCCAAGCCAAGGUUGAUAAUCUCCUUCGAAGUGGACCUUCUGAUGGAGCAAAUUACGAUUGGUUGAGGUUUAGGGUUGAAGCACUUCGAGCGGAACAAAAUAAUAUGACCAGUAUCUUAGCUAUAAUCGCUGAAAGUGGUCAUCUGGGUCGUGGCCAGGUCGUUAGGAUAUUAAAGUGGCUCAAGAAGUGUGAAAAAUUAGAUGGGAUGGCUGCAAUGGUUGUCAGUUCUCUUUUCGCCGCAUGGAAACCCCUUGAAUCUAUGGACGCUUCGGACCCUCGUUAUGAUAUCGCGGAAGAUUGGUGCCAUGACAUAAAGUUCCUGAAGAUCGCCUCAAGUCUAACUCUGCAAGAUCAAUGGACAACACCGAGACUUCGAGAAACGGUCAAAAUUGCUUGGUCGUUGUUUUACCUAUCUUGUCUUCGACAUGACCCAAGCGUAGUUCAAACCGGUAUCGACGCUCACCAGAUGGAACAAUUCCUUGUUGAAGCUGUCAAUAGUGAAUCGUUCCAGUUCACGUAUGAACUCGUCCUUACUAUCCGCCGGGAGCGAGGACUCGAAGAACCCGAUGAAGAAAAGGACGCAAACUCGGACGCUUUGGUCAAAGUCGCUACAGCUUCCGACUCAAGCAACGAUAUCUUUCUUUUCGAACAGCUCAAAGAUCUUGUCGAUAUUCUUGCCGGGCGAAAGCAGUUCUUACGAAACCUCCGCAAUAAAGAAGAAGAUUCAGCUAUACGACGGUCUCAAUCCACUCCGCCACCUGCAAACUAUCAAGCGUUCCUCGCUCUGGUCGCCGUCAUCUACAAAUCCCUUCCUCCUGAUAGUGCCGAUGAUCUUUGGGACAACACGACCUUCCUUGGUACUGUACUCGACACUCGUGGCGGAUUUCCGGGUCCAGCUUUCUGGGAAAUGCUCUCAGCUAUAUCAGCUGGUCCAUCUUGCUCUGCAAAAUCUUAUGAGAGGAUGAAAGACACUCGUUUACCCUGGACUGCGCUAUUCAAGUUCUAUCAGCAUUACAUCGAUAUCAUGCCUCAUAUCUACGAACCUAUCAAAACCACUCGAAAUACAUCACUUGACCCAAUGCCGUUCGACGAAGUGCAGAUUUGUCAUGGAUGGACAAAGGUGUUGACUACGGUGGUACGCUGGUCGCCUGCUGCCCGAGGAGCAAUAUUACAGUCGAAACCUCAUCCUGUUCAAACGUUGUUUGAUUUCCUUAAUUGUGAAAAUCUUCCCUUCGAAUUGAAGGCUACCGUACUCGGAGCUGUCACCGCUUUCUGCAGACGUACAGGGGACCCAAUAGAUGAUGAUGUCCUCAGCAAAGCUGUAGAAUACUACGAGAGAAUCACUUUCCGAGAUCCAGGAUUAGAUACGCGGCAUUUGGAUGCUGCAAGAUUAUCGCCACCAGUAGGAUGGCUUGCCAAGAUGGAAUACUCAGAGCAGGAUUCAAGUUCAUAUCCUUUGAGUCGAGCAUACGUUGAAUUUUUGACCGCUCUUCUCCCUGAUCCAGCGACUUCCGACUCCCCUACUGCCUCUCGUAGUCGACUUGUCAAUACACUCCGAAGAGGGACAUUCUAUAUCCUCGACGGUAUCCUUUUAGGGCUCAAGACCCGUCGAUACGCUCGUGACAGUGAAAGAUGGGAAGUGAUACAUUCAUUGUCAGCCUUCUUUGAGAAAUCGUUGCUUGCUUUCAAUAUGGGUGAACUGUUGAAUCAAGCGAAUAGUCGAGCGAUUGGUCAAAUAGCAGCCACAUUGGCAGAAGAGCCUGGAUUUAUUGUUUUACUACGUCUGCUUAGCGAUUCCAACGUAUUUGCGGUCUUCGCUUCAGUGCUCGACAACGCGUCAUCCACCCCUUCCCCUCGUCCUUCCAUUGUUAACGACGUGCUUCUCUGCAUGCUCCGAAUCUAUCAUCGAGUUCACGAUAUCCAACUUGUCUUCGUAGAUGUCCUCCUUCUUACCCUUGCCGAUCCCACUCGUAACCCUGCCAACCCUUUCAAACGUCCCUAUGGUCUUCAAAGUCUCGACAACCAUCUGCUCGCUCAUCUCAGCAAUAUCAACGCUAUCGCUUUGUUAGUGGGAGAUGAUGAUCCAACGAUCUCGUAUUUAAGCGUCAAGAUCAUCGCUGCAUUAGCUCAAUCACCAGUGUUCAGCCGAAGUGAUGUUUUCCGAGGCGAAUAUACCUCCUCCGUCAACCGUCUAGCUGGAAUUAUCGACGCCUCGGAUGACUCAAUACGUAUUGCCCAAGGCUUCUGCAGAAAAUUGGAAGCAGAACAACCAGAUACCGAAGAUAUACCAGCUAUCGGAAACAUCGCCCUACAAGGUGAUAUCAAAUCCCUCAGUACGCUACCGAUCGUUAUCCGUUCAACCAUUCUUGACAUCUUGGUCGAAGGCACCACUGCCGAUAUCACAAGUCCAAACAUCGCACAUUUCCUUCUUGGAUACGAUUUCAGGCAUCGAGACUUCGCCUUACAAGAAGGAGAAUCCUGUCUUCAUGUUAUACUUCGACAGCUUUGUGAAGGUGCGGAAUUGCGUGGUCUAGCGGGAGAGACAAUGAUCUACAUCCAUCCCUUAUUAGCGGCCAAAUCUGCUCAAUUGAUCUACCAGCUCUUCGCACAUCCCCUCACCGGAAGAUCAACCUUAUCCUACACGAUGUCCGUGACUGGCUUCUCCGCCCGUCAACUGGCUUUCUUCCCUAGGCGGUGUCCGGAAGCAAAUCAUCCCACAGGUAUCGUCUCCAUAUACGAGGAUGAGAUUCCCACUACACCUGAGACUCUGAUCGCCUUCCUCGAUUUUCAACGAUGGAUUUUAUCUUCCGCUGCACUGGAAACGUACAGCUAUGACGGUCAUGGUGCUUCGGCCAACCAUGUCGCACAAACGUUAUUCCGUGGCGCAACGGAAGAGGAGGAUUUGGAUGAAGACAAUUUGGUCAGCCAGAAUCCUGCUCUCAUCAUUGAUCUUCUCUCGUCAAUCGAUGUUCAAUGGUCUGAAGAAACGGCAGACGAAGAUCGCUCCCUAGAGUUUUAUGGUGGAUUUGACUUCGAUCAGUACAAGCGAACCGAUUCUGAUUGGUGGGACACAGAAAAUCUAGAAAGGGGCAUGAAAGCCUUCCGCAAGCAGCUGGAGAGACAAGGUGCUGUCACUAUCGCCUCAACAAAGUCAAUGACUGCCGAAGCGGAAUACGUGGUAAGACGCCUAGGAAGCAAAAAUAGAGAAACAGAUAUAUCAAUCGCCAAGGGCAACUUCCUGACUGCAUGGAAUGAGAUUCUCAAAGUUUCCCUGGCUAUGCUAUUCAAGAACGUAGCGGAAGAACAACAGGAAAUAGUAUUGUUCGACUUGAUUGACGCUUUACUUUUGCGACUUGAAGGAGAUCUCGCACCAGGUGUGCUGGAUCUUCUCUGCGAGUCUGUUCUUGUUACCAUGACAAGUCUCAUAGAUAUAUUGGUCGAAUUUGAAGGUGUCAACCUCCCAAUCGAUCGAUUAUCGACUACUCUAGCCCGGAUCAUUGACGCGGCUGUUCGACCAGGAACGACUGAGACUGCUCGAGGAAAUCUUUACGCAUCCAUAACGCAAUAUCUUCAACUUGUUAAUUCUUCAUCCUCGAAUUUCCCCGAUGAUCGAUCUGUCAUAUCUACCGAUACGACAGCUGGACCUUCUUCGACUCUUCAACGACCAACUCUUACUGUGUUUGCUGCAAGGAAAGAAAGGUUGUUGCCCAUCCUAUGUAGAGAUGCAAUGGACGACAGAGAGGUAUGGAAGACUGAAUGUUUCGCUUUACUCGGUGGAAUAGUAUCAGUUUGUCAAAACGAAAGGGAUAGACAUAUACUAUCGCCUCUGAUAUCAAAUGGAUACUUGCCAUUAUUCGUAAGAAGUAUGAAGGAAAGGGAAUUAUCUCUUCAGGCGUGCUUGUCCCCUGAACAUGAGAACCUUCACGCAUAUUGGGUCUUCGAAGCGAAAGUUGGUUUCCUCAUGACACUGGCUUCUACUAGAAAAGGUGCAGAGGAUCUAUUAGAUGCUGGUUUGUUCGAGAUUUUAGCCACAUGUGGAUUUAUAAGCAUCCACAUCGGCGAGGAUAUAAUGGAUGAAAUUGCCGCUUCAGAAAUCAUCGCAAGACAACAUCGAGUCUUAAUAUGCUCGUUACAGCUUUUGACCAGGGUGUCGUCAAGUCUACAUCGAUCUGCUAGAUCAGGGGCAGGACAUGCUUUGAGCUUCCUCAACGCUCACCGUGAAGCCAUCCUCGCACUGCUCCGUGAGACUCAACAAAACAUCACUUUGACCGGUAUAGAAGAGUGUAGGCUCGUAGUAUCGAUCUUGUGCAUGGUCGUACACAAGGUCCCAACCGAAGAUCUUCAUUCUCCUUCAGGAUUUGGAGCUUUCCAUUUGGCUACUUUAGCUAUUGCAGCUCGGUUCUUUGAUAGAGAUAGUUGGAUCGAAGAUGUUGAAUCACAAGUGGAGUCUCAUAUCAUACUGCUGAAUCAAGUGUUCUUAUCGUAUCUUACCGCAGCAACAACAGAACUGAAGAAUGGAAAAGGAAGUCCUGUUUUUGUCACUGGUGCUCAAAGGACCAAUAGCUCGAGCCCGAAGUAUAUUGCUUCUGCUCCUUCUUUACAUAUGGCUGUCAAUCUUCUCUCUGAUCUCGCCGAAAACGUCCAAGAUAUCUCAAAUCAAUACGAAAUGAUCAUUGACAGAAUACAAGAUGGUGGAGAACUUGAAGAUGACGAUGUCGAGAAAUUGCGAACUGCCGAUAUGAUAGGCGACGAACUAUUAUCUGAGGAUGUAAUUAAAGCUGCUUUUGUCAACAAGAGUCAAACUUUAUUCAAUAUGAUUGAAUCGUUGUUGUUAUUGAUAUGGCGACAUUUAUUCUUUUACGCCAAUGACGCUAGAGGUUCUUCGGAACCUUUCAAACCUAAUAACCUUUCAGCUUCUUUGGGAUUAAGCAAAGGAAGUUUCGUUAAUUCCCAAGCUCAAUUAGAAGCUUCAAGAUCAAGUGUUGGGACCAUGAGAAUGUUAGAAAGAGUAUCAGCUUCUUUGAAAGGUACUUUGGUAAGAUUAGAUGAUAUGGAAGUAAAUCUCGAAUUGAGAAGACUGGCAACGACGUCAACAUUGACAAGUUCAGGAGGUGAUGCGUAUUAUGGAAUGUUGGUCAGAAGAUUGAAAGAGUUAAUAGCAGGUUUGAUUAGUUCAGAGUCGAAUAUGGAACAGGAUUAG